CGUGCAACACAGUUAACUGUGAUUGGUCUGACUACUAGGAAGCUGGUUGCUGCUGUUGUUCAAUGUGCAUCAAGUGAAAGCACAGGCUAGGACUCUGAAGAGAAGUAAGCGUGCUUAGUGAAAGACAAUUGAUUUGGUCCAGGCCAGGGAACAUUAAGGAAGCAUCUGGAACACAGAUUGCUCACAGAAGAGAAUGGGGGACGCUGUAGCUAAUGUUGCAAGGAGGAUCAAUGAAACUGUUGAAGAGGAGAAAGACACUCUUGAUUUGUCACAGAGCAAACUGAUUAACUUCCCGGAUGGAGUCUACAAAGUCCUGAGGAGUGUACAAGAGAAGAUACAUGUUAUUACUUUGGCUAAUAAUGAGAUUAAAUCAUUGACCAGCAAAUUCAUAACCAACUUCAGUCAACUAAGAGAGUUGAAUGUGGAAGGAAACAACCUGACCAAGCUUCCAGAUGUGAUUGGUACAAUGUUGCACUUAACAACAAUCAACCUAGCUCGGAAUAAAUUCACUGCCUUCCCCGAGAAGCUGACUGACAUUAAGACUCUGGAGAGGAUUAAUCUGAAGGGAAAUGAGAUUACCGAAGUGCCUAUGGAUAAGCUGGCAGCUAUGCCAUCUCUUCAGUGUCUCAAUAUGAAGUCAAAUCCAAUAAAGAAAGCAAAGUUGACCGCCUCCACACCUCCAAUUACAUUUGAGCUGCUGACAACUCCAGAAGACAAUGUUGUUUAAAUGAAUUAUAAUUACAGAGCAGUACAUUUAGUAAUUCAAUACUUUUGCUAAAAAAUAAAAAAAACUUUAUUUAUUUUAUUUUUUAUUAAUAAUGCCCAAGUGGGGUUUGUGUAAAUUCACAUCAAGUAAAUUUAUUAUACAAAAUGUAAUGCAUUUUAUUUUGUAAUGUGUAUAAAUGGAGACUUGGAGGUCCAGUGGUUAAAGGGGCUUGUUAUCAGUAGGUUUCUGAUUCAAUCUCAGCCUCAGACUCACUGUGUUUGACCCUGAGCAAGUCACUUAACCAUCUUGUGCUCCGUCCUUUGAAUGAGAUGUAAAACAGAUUCCCUUGGAUCUCAAGUGAACAGGCAGCCUACAGGACUUUGCACACAGUUAUAGUUUUUUUUUUCUUCAAAAUUAAACAAAUACCUAUCUCAUAAAUCACUGCUGUACUGUAAUGUAAUUAUUCCCCAUUUUCAAACCGUUUCAAAAGGAAGCAUGAAGCAUGAAGUAGGAAGCAAGCUUACCUCUUAUUCACACUGGUCAUAUCAUGACUAGUCCGCAUUUUCUUUUCUUGCAGAUCGUUUGGCUCUUUGCCUGCAAUAUGCACAUAUUCCAGUGGCAAUGGUGAUGAAAUGUUACUGCUGCUUUGUGGUACCUAAUCAUUCAUGUCAAGAGCUGUAGUUCACACUUAAUCCAAUGGUCAAGAGCUGCAUCAGGCCAUGUGACCUACAAGAUUCCAGAAUGCAGCAAUCUCUCUUUAUUUGUAUUUAAAGUAGUCUCAAAAAUAGUAUAUCAUAUUUAGUAUAGGCUGGCCAGAUUAAUUUUGAUGGGGACCAGGGCUAUUAACGUUUUGGGGGCCCCUCUUUGCAUAUUCAGUUCCUUCCCUUUACUGUUUUACCAUCCACACUCGAUUGACAUUAAUGUAAAUUUAUUUAGUCUUAGCUGAUCCAUGUCUGAGUUGAGUUAAUGUUAGCACCAGAGUUAGUUACUGGCAGUGUCAAAGAAAAAUCAUAAAGCGAUGUCUACAUUGGGGAAUGCAAACUGCAGGCUCUUUUGUCGUAAGGGGGAAGCAAGUUAUUUGGGGAUUUGUUGUACUCAUCUCUUACAAGCUCUCUAAAUUAAAGAUGUAUUUUCUGGAGUACUAUUACCGCUGCAUACAUCUGUGGGUAUUUUAUUAAAAUGGCUUGUCAUCUUUGGUGUUUUGUUUAACAUAUCUUUCUCACAAAGCCAUUUUAAUUGUUGUGCUUUCUGCAUUUUAGUGCAGCUCUCAUACUUUGUAGGUGCUUUGGCAGACGUUUUCACCGGUUCGAAACUCCGUCAAGUUUGUGCUGCUGAUAAAACUGGCACUUUACCUGGUCGCAGGUCAAAUCAUGUGAUCAGACAGUCGCUGCUCCAACUGAAUACGGCUUGGUAAAACAGCCCUAUUGUUCCGAUCCAUACAGUGACACACUAUUUAUUUAGUUUAUGUAUUGUAUUCUAAAUUAUAUAUAUUUUUGGGGCUCCUCAAAAUCCGAGGCCCCUGGCUACAACCACUAAAGCCCCUGCGUUAAUCUGGCCCAGAGUAUAGGUUAUGUUGGCACUGCAUUGCUGCUUUGAAAUGCAUUCUAAAACUAGGCUAGUGUAUACUGUUUUUACAGCAAAACCUUCUGGAAUAUACCAAUACUGGUACUGUGUUAUUUAGUUUUUUUCCCAGCCUUAGGAGGAUUCUGUAUUUUUUUUUAAAUUGUUAUUUCUUCUUAGCCAUGCUUACUUAAUGUUCCAGCAAAGUUGUAAGCAGAUACUGCAAAUAGGGUGACCACCCGUCCCUAACUGGACAGAACAGUCCCUAAAUGUAUAGAUCAAGUCCCGGUCCUGGACUAAAUGCCUCCGGAAUUUGUCCCGGAUUUCUAGACACGUUGCAAUCGUACAGUUUUGUGCCACAGUCAAACCAUAGCAUCUGUUUGAAGCAAAACCCGCCCCUGCCGCAUCAUUUUACAAUGCCUUGCACAGCCCCAGAGUGAUUGACACAUUGGAUCGAAGACGUAAAACUAUAUAAUCCCACUAUCAUGUGACUUUUUACAUGCACAUGUUCCCCAAGAGCCUGACACAGAUCUGAUUUGGCGACAGCAAACAAAAUACAAUUCGUAGAAAUAUUUUAAUUUCAUUCAGUGUUUCUUUGUUUAUGUGAACUGGCUGUCUAAAAGUUAAAUUGACAGUGACAGUGAUACGUUGGUAAAGGAAGUAAGGCCACAAAAAAAAAAAAAAAAAAUUCAGAGAGGAAUGGGUUAUAAGAGUCUUUUAUACAUUAUGUAGAAAAGCUUUUAGAAUUGGAUACUGAGGUGAAAACAUCGUUAAGAAGCAUUCAAAGUUGAUACUUAAUUUAGAAAUACUGUUAUUAAAUGUACAGAAAAUAUACAUAAAAAAAAUAUGUAACUAUACAACGCCCGACCCCCCCCCCCCCAUAAAAAAAUGACAGGUGUCCCGUUUUUUGCAUUUUGAAAAGAUGGUGUCCGCACCUUCUAAAGCGAAUCAUGCACAAUAUAAUGAGCUAUUAAACAGGUAAUAAUUUAAAAUGCAGAUGGUAUAAAAUAUAUCUUUUAUUAUGGAGGUAUUAAGAGAGUGCUAAUCAAUGCUUUAAAUCCAGUUUGUCUGUGCCCUUGAAAGUCUUCUCUGCCAAUUUGUAAGAUGUUUUUAAGAUAUACCAAUUUGCCAAUCUUUCAGAGUGCCUCAGUGGGAGUUUAAGUGUUCUCUACUUGCAGCAUUAUUACUAUUCAAAGGCCACUAAAAAUGUUCCAAAAAAAAUGUCAUGUGUUUGGACAGAUCUCCUUUGUGUUUGCUGCAAAAUGCAUGAGUGAGCUAUCUGUAUUGUACUAAUUAAUGAUGUAAACAUGUGUUCCUUUUAGAAAACUAGAAGCUGACAUUUAAAUAAUAUAGGUUGUCUCUUAAAUCAAAGUGUUUAUUUCUCUGUUGUCUGUUCUUCACUGACUUCCAAUGGAGUAUCGAUUUGAAAAGGUAUUUGUCAGUUCUGCACAUUUGUUAAAAAUAAAUAAAUAAAUAUGCGUGAAAACAGCAGCACAGUAAUCAUUACCUACUGUUUUUU